UCAUCUCUCGCGCUCACGCCGCCCCAGGCGUCGUUGAUGACACUCACGCUCAUUGAGGAGCUCGCGGAGAACCAUGCCGCCCCUGAUGUGGCCAAGCUCCUCGUGCGUUUUCUCACCCCCGAAGCGUACCAGGAAAUCGUUCAAGAGCGCACCAUCAACCACAUCUGCGGCUACAUUCUCUGCGGAAACCAGCCUAAGGACAGCAACAAUUCGCCUCAGAUUAACUUCCGAAGGCCGUCGAUUAUUUUGCCCAACACCUACUACUCUUCCUACUGCUGUAAGCUCCACUACCAGUCAUCCUUGUUCUACGAAAAGCAGCUCUCGCCGGAGGCGUUGUUCGCGCGCACGCUGGAGAUCUUGGAGAAGCCGUACGGCGAGUGCGCGUACGAGCGUGACUUCAAAUUGCUCGACGAUUUGAUCAGCCGUUCGGAGGAGCUUCACAGCGGGAAUGAAAAGUUGGUGGAUCUCAUCCAAUCCAUCCACGACUUGAAGAUCGACGGAAAGAAAAACGACGAUGAGCUGCAAUUGGCAGGGUUGCUCAGAGACUUUCACAUAGUGGAGAAAGAAGGCGGGUUGCAGGGCGAA